GCACUGGCUCUCUUUACAUGAACGAUCAACUGCCCGACUACUACGAGGCGCUUGGAGUGUCGAGGUCUGCGACUACCGAGGACGUGCGCAAAGCAUACAAGCAGAAGUUAUUGGAGACACAUCCAGAUAAACUGGGGCCUGACGCGAGCGAGGGGGAGAAGCAAGAGGCUGAGGAGCUGUUCAGAAGGGUUCGCGAAGCUUUUGAGAUUCUUGGAGACAUCGAUCAGCGCAGGGCCUACGAUAUCCACCAACGCAAUCUACCAACUCCUGGCUCUUAUCGAUGGAGAAUGCAAGAGGAGAAGCUGCGCCGCGCCCGAGAUCGCGCGACACAUCGCGCUCAGGAGAGCAGCGAUGCUGAUGUACGCAGUAUACAACAGACUACGCAGACACAAGAAACGGUGGUGCAGCACAAAGAAGCCGCUGACUAUGCAUCCUUGGUCGACUCAAUGUUACAGGAGCUGUAUAAUCUCACUCCAGAGUGGGUGGAGCGCAGACAACGCAUACAGAUGCUCAAGGCCGCUCGCGCGCAGUCAGCGACAAAUAGCGGAGACCAGAACAAAGUGAAGGCGUCGGCGUCAUAGCCCCACAGGGGACAUUGAGCCUAUCGAUUUUAUUUCUAGGACUUAUUGUGGGCUUACUUAUGUGUACUUGUAUCGUCUUCUGUAUCCCGUUCUUCGUUCGAUUGCUUUCGACCCGCUUUUUUUAAACUUAUUUACCUCGUCAUAUUCCUUUGAGUUUUCUUUAUAUCAUUACCCAGAACGAUCGCACGAUGCACUCUUGCUUGUAUAUAUACAUCCGAAUUAUGGGCAAUUUACACGUUGUUCUC